UUUCCUGUACAUAUAAAUAUCACACAUAGCAAACACUUCUCUCACGCUUUCAUUCAUUUCUCUUCUUUCUUCAUUUUCAUUUUCUUCUUGUUUCCUCAAGAAGUUGUGAAUUUGGAGAGGAAGAAGAAAUUAAAAUUUUCACAAUGGGGAGUGAUUUUUUGUCUUUCUUGACUAUGGUAAUUGUGCAGUUAGGCUAUGCAGGGAUGAACAUUAUCUCAAAACUUGCUAUGGAUUCAGGCAUGAACCCUUUUGUUCAUGUGGCUUACAGGCAAAUAUUUGCUACCAUUGCAAUUGCACCCUUUGCUUAUUUCUUGGAAAGAAAAACAAGGCCAAAGUUAACUUCAUCCAUUCUUUUCCAGAUUUUCUUGUGCUCUAUCUUUGGGGUUAGUAUGAACCAAAUAACAUACUUUGUUGGCCUCAAGAAUACCACUCCAACUAUUGCAUGUGCUUUGUCAAAUCUAACCCCAGCUGUCACUUUCCUUCUAGCUAUUCCUUUUGGGCUAGAAAGAGUGGGACUUGGGACUAAAGCAGGGCAAGCAAAGAUGUUAGGAACAAUAUUAUGUGUAGGAGGGGCUAUGUUUUUAUCAUUUUACCAUGGAUCUAUAGUUCCAAUGGACCAACCAAACAUACACUGGAAAUAUGCACAAGACAUGACACAAAACAAAGGCAGCAGCAACCAUGGAAAUUUCAUAUUAGGUCCUUUUCUCCUCAUAGUUAGUGCUGUUUCUUGGGGAAUUUGGUCCAUCCUUCAGGCAAGAGUAAGCAUGGUGUAUGCAGCUCCCUACUCUAGCUCAGCAUUGAUGUGUCUAAUGGCCAGUUUUCAGUGUUUGAUUGUUGGCAUUUGCUUUGAUCAUAAUCUAUCUGAUUGGUCCUUGAGCCAUAGCAUUAGAGCUGUCUCUGCUAUUUAUGCGGGAGUGGUGUGCACUGCAUUAGCUUACUGCUUAAUGUCAUGGUGCAUAGAAAGAAAAGGUCCUUUGUAUGUUUCUGUAUUCAAUCCCUUAUUGCUGGUCAUUGUGGCUAUUCUUAGCUGGGCUUUGCUUCAAGAGAAAAUCUACAUCGGAACGGUAGUAGGGUCAAUUUUGAUAGUUUUGGGACUUUAUGGAGUACUUUGGGGGAAAAACAACGAGUUGAAGCCAGUCAAAUUUGAUGAAGAAAUUGGUGAUCAUGAAGAAAAGCAGAAAAAGGAGAUGGAAAUGCAGUUAUAUGAAGGGCAAAAGCAACAAGGCAACAUUAUUGUUCAUGCCACUAAAUAAUGAGAAAGGAAAAGUGAACACAUUAAAAAUGCAUGUAUGGGGGCUAAAUUUUCCUAAUUUUUCUUUAUCAAGUAGUUGUAGAAGAAUAGCAUUUAGCUGACCAAGCUUAAAUUGCUUUUCUGUAUCAUUACAUCCAUCACUACCAUUGCUUUCUAUUGAAAUUAAAUAGGUAGACUCUUUCAUUCUCUUA